AUGGCUGGGGUGUGCAGUCUGGGACCACUGCUGGUGCUGUUGCUGGCUGUGGUCAGUGUCUCCUUGCCUGUCACUGUGGUCCGACUCAACAAGGCAAUGCUGGAUUAUGUGUCGGACAUCGGGACAGUCCCUCUCCAGCGGGCCCUGCAGGUCACUGUCUCUGACUUCCUGGAUCGGAGUGAUGCAGUGCUUCAGUCUACCAGGGUCCAGAUUCUGGAUGUCCACCUGCCCCGCCUCCACUUGAAAUUCAUUGCUGGUUUUGGGAUACGCUUAUCAGCAGCAGCCAAUUUCACGAUCAAAGUCUUUCGAGUCCCAGAGCCCAUGGAGCUGGUGCUGCCUGUGGCCUUGCUGGCUGAUGUGCACGUGGCCCGGGAUUCCAUUGGGACCCUUGUGCUCAGCAUCUCCACCUGCUCUUCACUCUUCAGCCCAGCCAGCACACUGGAUGGAAGCAACAGUACCUCCCAGGAGCUGCUGGACCUGGUGCAGGAGCACAUUCAAGCUGACCUGAGCAAUAUGCUGUGCUUGCAAGUCUCUGGCCUGGUUCAGGACCUCAAUGUCCAUUUGGGUACUUUAAUCGGACUCAGUCCUGUGGGCCCUGAGUCCCAGAUCCGCUACUCGGUGACCAGCACGCCCACUAUCACCAGUAACUACAUGUCUAUGGAUGUCAGAGCCAUUCUCUUCCUGCUCGGCAAGCCCAUCCUCCUGCCUCUGCAUGGUGCUCACCCCUUUGUGUUGCCACGGCGUUUGGGUGCUGAAGGUGCCAUGGCAACAGUGGGGCUCUCCCAGCACCUGUUCGACUGUGCCCUCCUGAUGCUGCAAAAGGCUGGAUCCCUCAACCUGGAGAUCACAGGGCAGCUGAAUUCAAAGAACAACCCUUUGAACACCUCCAUGCUGGGCCAGCUCAUCCCUGAGGUUGCCCACCAGUUCCCUGAACCUAUGCCCGUGGUGCUCAAGGUGCAGCUGGGUGCCACACCCGUGGUCACACUCCACACCAACUACUCCACUCUGCAGCUGCGGCCCAUUGUAGAGGUCCUCGCUGCAUCCCCCAGCUCAGCCUUGCAGUUCCUUUUCUCUCUGGAUGUGAUGGUGAACCUGAACCUUCAGCUCUCCGUGUCUAAGGCAAAGCUUCGGGGGACCACUUCUAUGCUAGGGGGGCUCCAGUUCUCUGUGGCCACCUCCAAUGUGGGCUCCAUCGAUAUGGAUCAAGUGUACACACUCAUAAGCACUGUAUUCCAGAAGCCCCUGCUGGAUCACCUCAAUGCUCUCCUGGGCAUGGGAAUUGCUCUCCCAAGCGUGCUCAAUCUCCACUAUGUCCACUCUGAGGUCUCCAUCUGUGAGGGUUAUGUUGUGAUAUCCAGUGGACUCGCCUACCAAUGCUGA